CGGGUGCGGUCGACGAAACCGAAACCGCGCUCACUCGACCGUUACGAUGCAUACGCACUCGAUGCCCCCAGCACGCCGAGCCGCCGCGGCGGAGGGUACUUCAACGGCGCGCGGUGCAACGCGAACGCGCGAGACGCGACGGCGACGCGCAUGUUCGACGCCUACGACCGCGACCGCGACGGCGCGUUGAGUCUGAGCGAGUUCACGCGCGCGCACGCGGCGUCGCGCGGCACGUUCGCGCCUCUCGCGGAGCUGUACGCGACGCUUCGUCCGCACAUCGUCCCCGCGUACGUCGUGAUGCGGACGCUGCGCGAGCGCGGGACGACGGACUGGGCGUUCAUGGACGCGGGAGAGAGCGUCGGCGAGGCGAAGGGCGGGUCGGAGAAUGAAGAAGCCGCGGCGGCGUCGCGCCGGCGGCUGGUCGCGGUGAAACGCGCGGACGAUGAGCGUUACGACGCGUUCGACAGCGUCUGCGAGGUCACGACGGCGGCGACGACGAAGACGAAGACGGCGUCCGCGGUCGAGCACGCGCGGCGCUCGAGGCGGAAAGCGGAGCGGAGGCGACCGAAGCCGCCUCGGAGCGUCGACGUAGACAGCGCGUUUUAAAAGAGUAAACAGACCUGGACAGG